AUGGGCAUUAGUAUGCGGACGGUGUCACGUAUUUUCAGAGAAUCAAAAGAAAACCGAAAGCCCGUAGACCAAGAAGAUCAAGCUGCCUCCAAAACAAAAAAAUAUAAGCCCCGGGAAAAAACAAAAACGGCAGACUUACCAGACGCUGUGAAGAUGGAAGUGAAAAAUGCAAUUUACAACAUGUACUCAGAAAAGAGGCAUGUUACUAUCAAAACAUUAAAGGAAGAAUUGGACGUCAAACAAAUAGUGGACAUAAGCAAGAUGUCAUUGUGCUGCUUAUUACCGCUUAUUGGCUUCCAAUAUAAACAGGAAGACAACCGGAAGGCGCUUAUGGAGAAAAGCAGUGUCGUUGCUUUGAGAGCAGAAUUUCUGCGCAAAUAUAAUGAAAAUGGAAACUCACCCUUUAAACGCACAGUUGUUUUCUUAGAUGAGACAUGGAUUUUUGCAAAAGGGAACAGGAAGAGAUCCUGGCAGGACGGAUCCGUAAAAGGGACCCGAAAACCUGGGGGAUUUGAAGGCAAACGCUGUAUUGUAUUACAUGCUGGUCACAGUGGGGGGUUCGUGGAGAAUGCUUCACUCAUCUAUGGCACUGCCUCAAAACUGGCAGAUUAUCAUGGAGACAUGAAUGGUGAUAUAUCUUUGAAGUGGGUCAAAGAGAAGCUGGUUCCAAAUUUGGAGGAGCCAUGCCUCAUUGUUAUGGAUAAUGCUUCCUACCACAGUGUAUUAGUGGAGAAGCAGCAAUAUCAUCUUGGACAAAAGCCCAGGUCAUACAGUGGUUGGAGGGAAACAACAUUAAUUUUGAGAGGAACCAAUUUAAAAGUGAGCUCUUAA